GGCCCUACCACCACUACCCUGACGUCUUACCAUACGGUCAUCGGGGUCCAAUCCCAUCGCUCAAUCAGGAAGUAUUCGGGCCUUGGUGACGACUGGUGCUCCACAAGAGUUAUCUGCUGUUUGUUUUCCAAUUCUCCAUCCCCGCACCUCCCCAACACAUUCGUUCGGAGUCAGGUCAGCACCGGGUCCAAGGGCCACAGGCCCGCAGUGGAGGAGGGGACAUUACCAGACUUACUUGAUUGCUUGAAUCGCGGCUCCACACCUGCACAAUGGUGUACACGGGCAAGCCCAGCCGGGGGUGUGCCAUGUGCAAAAGCCGGAGGAUCAAGUGCGACGAGACGAAGCCCGUGUGCAUGAGGUGUCAGAAGUCGAACCGGGUGUGCCCUGGGUUCCCGCCGGAGUUUGAUCUGCUUCAUAGGGAUGAAGGCAAGGCGAUGGUGGAGCGGGCGCAGAGGAAGAGGAAGGCAUGUCAAGCCGCGAAGGCGAAUGGAGAGAGUGUUGCUCUGCCUGAGGAUGGUUCAUCAAGCAGGGCUGGGACCGGGAACGUCUACCCAACUAAUACAGCACAACCUGGUGCAGGCGAGGUAGGAAUGCCACCUUUUUCUUCGGACUGGGAAGCCUUCAACAACACAGGUCUGCAGUAUUCGCAGCUGUUGCAAGGGGCUCCACCCCUGUUGCAGACGGUUGACUUGGACACGGGGCACGUGCUUGAACAAUACCGACAGCCGUUGAACCAUAUUGUUCCCCAGUACUCACAUCCGACGAGUGGGGGACUUCAUUCAGUGUACGGAUUGUCAAGCACAGAGGCCUCUGGGAUCUACACAGCUGCGACGGAUCUGGCAGUGCAGCCAUACUACGCCUCUCUCCCAACUGAACCGGUCUUUGGCCAGUACAACACUGUGGCGGAACAUGAGAGUCAACACCUGCAACAAGAGACGCACGAGUGGGACGACCAGAGCCAAGAGCUGGAAGUGAAAUCCUUCCCAGGACUCGGAAGUCAACGCUUCGGGGACGAGACACAACAUCUGGACUUCACAGUCUUCCAGAGACUGAUGUCGCGGCUCUCCGAGGGGAUCGCGCCUUCCCUCACGUUACCGCCAGAAUACGAGGCGGUGGUCUUCUUUAUCAAUGAUUUCAUCAUGAAGACCCUACCGCUGCAACCCGAGGCGCAGCGAGGCUUCUUCCAGCUCCUGGUUCCCUUGUACACGAGAGCGAAGUCUGGGUCGGCCCUGCAUAUGGCCUUCAAUGCCGUUGCGCUGGCUGUGUGCGGCAACUAUCCCGACAAGCAGGAUUUGUUGAUAGCGGCAGCCCAGGAGUAUGGGGCGGCGAUGAGGAAGGUCAAUGAGGCUAUCAAUGAUAAAGAGCUGUGGAAGUCGGAUGAGAUAAUCGUUUCUGUUCUUUUAUUCUCGUUGUAUGAGACGAUCAUGUCUACCAACAAGACGAUCGAUGGAUGGGCCCAUCAUGUCGAUGGAGCUGUGACUCUGACGAUACAGAGAGGUACCGAACAGCUUAAAGACCCCAUGUCACAGAUGGUAUUCAAGGCUGUCCGAACAAUGAUGAUAACGAGCUGCGUGCAACGAUCCAAGCCCAUUACACCUUUCCCUGGCGAACUCGGCUGGAGAGUGACAGAUGACAGUGGAGAAACAGCCGCCAACCGUCUCACCCUCCUGUCCACCGAUCUACCCGACAUCCGCGCCCAGGCAGAGGCGCUAACCGCCAAACCCUUCACCGACACGCUUCUACCAGAGGCAACGGCUCUGAUCGACUUCGCGGAGACGAUUGACGGCAACCUCCAGGAAUGGUACGGCACACUCCCACCCGGCUGGCGCCAUCGAAUCAUCAAAACGGUCCAAGCGAUGCCCGAAGACGUCUCCGAAGCGGAGGAGUGGUUUGGCGAGAUCCACGCCUACCAAGACGUGCCCGUGGCGAACCUCAUCAACGACUACCGUAUCUGCAGAAUCUUCUGCCAGCGAGUCAUCCUCGCCUGUCUUACAUGGCAGAAUCCGCAUGGCGCUGGCGUUAUGCCACAGUAUGUCCGGGCCAAGUGGAUUGUCCAGCAGAUGGUGGAUGAGAUUAGCGCCUGUGUCCCGUUUCAUAUGAGCUGGGACUUGCAGCCCGUGGCGCAGGAGAAGCAUCAGGAGAAGUAUGCCGCGGAAGCUUUUGGCGGAUACUCCAUCAUGUGGCCGUUGUACGUUGCCGCCAAUGCGGAGACGGUCCCCGCACUGCAGAGAGACUGGCUCCUGGGUCGACUUGAUGUCAUCGGGACCAAGUACGGUCUGUCGACCAGUGCGCUGUUGGCGAAGGCCAGGGGCCAGAGCAUAGGACCUAUGUUUCCGUGAAUCGCCGACCGAAAGGGAUGUUCAGAAGGGGGGAGUUUAGAGGUGGUGUUUAGGGAGUUAGAUGUGGUGUUAAUUGCUAGUUAUU